CGCCCGCCGUUUACGACGAGCCGCAAAGCAGUGGCCGCAGCAAGCGCUGGGUGGGCCGAGCCGCUAUGGGGAAAAUCGCGCUGCAGCUCAAAGCCACGCUGGAGAAUGUCACCAACCUCCGGCCAGUGGGCGAAGACUUCCGGUGGUACCUGAAGAUGAAAUGUGGCAACUGUGGUGAGAUUUCAGAGAAGUGGCAGUACAUUCGGCUGAUGGACAGUGUGGCACUGAAGGGAGGCCAUGGCAGUGCCUCCAUGGUCCAGAAGUGCAAGCUGUGUUCGAGGGAAAACUCCAUUGAGAUUUUGAGCAGCACCAUCAAAUCUUACAACGCUGAAGACAAUGAGAAGUUCAAGACGAUAGUAGAGUUUGAGUGUCGAGGACUUGAACCAGUGGAUUUCCAGCCCCAGGCUGGGUUUGCUGCUGAGGGUGUGGAAUCGGGGACAGUCUUCAGUGACAUUAAUCUACAGGAGAAGGACUGGACUGACUAUGACGAAAAGGCUCAGGAGUCUGUGGGAAUCUACGAGGUCGCCCACCAGUUUGUGAAGUGCUGAACCGUCUUCCUGUACACUUGCCCCUGAGAACUGAAAAGGGACACGUGCCCCCAGCAGCAGAGUGCAGAGGCUGGUCCCCUCGCCCCUCGUCUCCGGGCAGUGGUCCAGGCCCUCACAGCUGCCUGCUCGGCUCUGCCACAGCUUCCCGAGCCCCGCCAAUAAAGUCCCUACUUGUGCCACA